GAAAUCUCUCCUCGAAGUACCGUAAGAACGUCGAAGUGACUGGUCAUAAACACUACGUGACCACUUGUGUGCGGAACCGACGCCUCUCCGACUAAAUUUUGACUGUGAUUUAGGUUUAAUUCUUAGUUGAACGGACCCUGCAACAUGGGGAUCAAAUUUUUAGAGGUUAUCAAGCCUUUCUGCAGUAUUUUACCAGAAAUAGCGAAGCCAGAAAGGAAGAUCCAAUUCAGAGAGAAAGUACUAUGGACUGCCAUCACUCUGUUCAUCUUCUUAGUAUGUUGCCAGAUUCCACUUUUUGGAAUUAUGAGCUCAGACUCAGCAGAUCCAUUCUAUUGGAUCCGUGUUAUCCUGGCUUCAAAUAGAGGUACCCUUAUGGAAUUGGGUAUUUCCCCAAUUGUUACAUCUGGAUUGAUUAUGCAAUUGUUGGCUGGUGCUAAAAUCAUUGAAGUUGGUGACACUCCGAAGGACCGAGCACUGUUCAAUGGUGCCCAAAAAUUGUUCGGCAUGGUAAUAACCGUCGGUCAAGCCAUUGUAUACGUCAUGACAGGCAUGUACGGUGAUCCAGCGGAAAUUGGUGCCGGAGUCUGUCUCUUGAUCAUCAUCCAACUCUUCGUCGCCGGUCUUAUCGUCCUCCUCCUCGACGAGCUCCUUCAAAAGGGCUACGGUCUUGGUUCCGGUAUUUCUCUCUUCAUCGCCACUAACAUCUGCGAGACCAUCAUCUGGAAGGCCUUCUCGCCAGCCACUGUAAACACUGGCAGAGGAACCGAAUUCGAAGGAGCUGUAAUCGCCUUGUUCCAUCUCUUGACCACCAGACAAGACAAAAUCAGAGCUCUCCGUGAGGCUUUCUACCGUCAGAACUUGCCCAACUUGAUGAACUUGCUCGCCACCGUCCUCGUUUUUGCUAUAGUAAUAUACUUCCAAGGAUUCAGAGUGGACCUGCCUAUCAAGAGCGCCAGAUAUCGUGGCCAACACUCCAGCUAUCCCAUCAAACUUUUCUACACCUCAAACAUUCCCAUCAUUCUGCAGUCUGCACUCGUUUCCAACUUGUACGUUAUCUCCCAGAUGUUGGCCGUCAAAUUCCAAGGCAACUUUUUGAUCAACUUGUUGGGUGUCUGGGCUGAUGUUGGUGGUGGCGGCCCAGCCAGAUCCUACCCCAUCGGCGGUCUCUGUUAUUACUUCUCGCCACCCGAAAGUGUCAGUCACAUCCUGGAAGAUCCGAUCCACGCCCUACUCUACAUUGUCUUCAUGUUGGGCUCGUGCGCCUUCUUCUCUAAGACAUGGAUCGAAGUAUCCGGCAGUUCCGCCAAGGACGUUGCCAAACAGCUCAAAGAACAACAGAUGGUGAUGAGGGGACACAGAGAUAACUCCAUGAUCCACGAGUUGAACAGAUACAUUCCAACCGCCGCCGCCUUCGGUGGCCUUUGCAUCGGAGCUCUCUCAGUGUUGGCCGAUUUCAUGGGCGCAAUCGGUUCCGGAACCGGUAUCUUGCUGGCCGUGACAAUCAUUUACCAGUACUUCGAGAUUUUCGUCAAGGAACAAUCUGAAAUGGGUGGAAUGGGCGCCCUGCUAUUCUAGGCGUUUAUUCAAUUAACUAGGUUAGUUUCGAAAUAUCUUUAAGCUGGAAGCUUGACUGAUAUUGGCAUGUCGUGGAUGAACUGAUUAUUUAUUGAUGUAGAUCGUUUUUCUCAGGCGUAGUACGUACCAAAACGGUUCAUUCACGACGCACCAUUCACUUUGUACAAAGUACAGAUUUUUUUGUACUAAAACAGAUAAAAAAACUUUUUAAAAAAAAUAUGUUUUUCAUUGUACAUUUACAUUUCAAGCAAUUUAUUAUUGUUUUCGUUAAAUGAUGAACGUAAAGUUAUUUAUAUAUUGUGUGGGAGCCCAUGCAUUGAAUUUUUUUAUUUAAAAUAUCAUUCAUUGUCAUAGAGAGCGGUUGUGUAUCGGUCCAUUAUUUGUUGUUAGAUGUAAUUUAUUUUAAAUACAACUAAUUUACAGUAAGUGUA